GAAGGUAAAGAGAUUGUUGCUCAGCAUGUCUUAGCUGCUUUACAGGUUUAGUGAUAGGAAAUUGUAAUUAAAGAUAGACACACAAGGGGAAGCUAAAGGUUCUGACUUCUUUCAGCUUAUGGACUUUUGUUGCUGACAUGGUCUCACAGCGUCUAAAGUACCAAUGGGUUGCAAGCAUCACCGCUGUUGCCGUGGUUACCACUUUGUUGGUGUACAGAGGCAGCUUUGGUUACAGAUCAUAUAUGCCAUCUCCAUCAUCCUCAUCGUCGUCUGCCCAGCAUUCUGUUGGUCCUGUUCCAACUGUGAAAAAGCAAAAGAUCCACGCACCCCUUGUGGGCUACACAGGUCUCCUGGAUCAAAAGCCUCUGAAGAUGCACUGCAGGACUUGUGCCCUUGUGACCAGCUCUGGUCAACUAAUUGGAGGCAAGAGGGGUGAAGAAAUUGACCAGUCUGAGUGCGUCAUCCGCACAAACAAUGCCCCCGUCGUAGGCUAUCAGCAGGAUGUCGGCAAUCGCACAACCCUUCGCAUUGUAGCUCAUUCCAGCCUGUACAGGGUGCUUUUCAGGAGACAGGAGAUGGUCAUCUCAAGCCAGAACACGGUGUUCAUCUUCUGGGGACCGAACUCCAGCAUGCGACGAGAUGGAAAAGGCCAUGUUUACAACAAACUGCGGCUACUAAAGGACCAACUGCCCAAACUCAAAGUCUACACGGUUACUCCGAUCAAUAUGCUGAAGUUUGAUGAACUAUUUAAAAACGAAACAGGGAUUGACCGAAGGGGUUCCAACUCCUGGCUGAGCACAGGCUGGUUCAGCAUGGUCAUAGCUAUGGAGGUGUGUGACCAGAUCAACGUGUUUGGCAUGGUGCCUCCUGACUUCUGCAGAUCCUCAUCGCGUCGCUCCAUGCCGUAUCAUUACUAUGAGCCCUCUGGGACAAACGACUGCUCUCUGUUUCUGGCCCAUGAGAGGAGCCGACGUGGGAGGCACCGCUUCAUUAUUGAGAAGCGGGUGUUUGCAAAGUGGGCUCAAACCCACGACAUCCGCUUUUACCAGCCAGAGUGGGACCCCAAAGCCGUCGUCCGCAUGAACAGCUCGUCCUCUUCCAUUCCAGCUGGACCCUGAGACUCACUCCAGAGACAAUGAGAGACAGUGUGGAAUAUGUGAGUGGACAGUUUCCAGCAAGCAGAUUCCCUCACUGGCCUCCAUGAGACGGCAGAAGGACGGAGCAAGCUGCUGUUGUGGCUGUUGGCCGACUGCUUAAGCAGCUUGGCAGAAUUGGAUCACUGUAUAAUAGAGCAAAAAGCCUCAAUAUUAUGGAAGUGUGACUAUAACGGGAUGAAUUUCAUACAGUUAUUACCACUGCAAUACGUGCACAAUGAUUGGUUCAUUUCUAUGUGAAGGAAAAAUGCUUUUUUGGUAAUGUGAUUGUUGAAAUAAACUGUGGAAGACUAUGAAAUGUAGCUCAAAAGCACUGUUAUUUUUCAAUGUAAGAAAAAUAAUGUGAACAAUUUAAAAUGAAAUGGUC